UAGCAUCUGGGAGCAAUUCUUCAGCAGCAGCAGCAGCAGCAUGGGCCAGCAGAGGACCAUGAGGAGCCGUGCGAUCGAGUCCAAGAGGGAGGUGUGUCCCCAGCUAGCCACCAAAGACUCCCUGCUCCUGAAGGAAGCCGGCACCAAGGGCGAGCCUGCCUGGUGCAAGACGCCGAGUGGCCACAUCAAACGGCCCAUGAAUGCCUUCAUGGUGUGGUCGCAGAACGAGAGGCGGAAGAUCAUGGACCAGUGGCCGGACAUGCACAAUGCUGAGAUCUCCAAGCGCCUGGGCAGGAGGUGGCAGCUUCUGCAGGACUCGGAGAAGAUCCCCUUCGUCAAGGAGGCGGAGCGCCUGCGGCUCAAGCACAUGGCUGACUACCCAGACUAUAAAUACCGGCCCAGGAAAAAGGGCAAAAUAGGGGCCAGCAAGUCCCGGCCGAGGCUCCCCGUGAAGAUAAAACCAUCCGUCCUCAGCCGGGUCACCUCCAGCAGAAGGCAGCCUUCCAAGCAUGACUCCAGCUGCCAGAUGGGAGAGUCUGCACUCAAGAUGGAAGAGGACCUCCUAGAGGUGCGGCUGUCAGAGACGCCCUUUGAGGACUGCCCGAAGGCACCCGGCAAGGAGUUCUGGCACAUGGUCCCUGCCGCGCGGGCAGCUGGGGAGAAAAGGAGCAAGACGGAUGACUCCGUUGAGUCCUGCCAGCCGAAGGACCCAGAACCCACCGCGCAGCCCUUCCCGGAGCAGGUGAGCUCCCCAGAGAGCGGGUCCCCCUCCCCGAUGUCAACCGCAUCCCCGCCUUCCUCCUUCUCCUCCUCUGACGAAGAGCUGGAGGAAGAGCUCUUGGGUGUCCUGCCCGGGAAAGCCCAGCCGAGUGUAGCCUGCGGACCCCUGGACUGGUCAGUCUUCGACAAAGACCUCGACCUUUUCCCCUUGGGAGUCACCUCUCACUUUGAGUUCCCGGACUAUUGCACUCCGGAGGUGACGGAGAUGAUUGCUGGGGACUGGCUGAUGUCCAGCAUCUCGGACUUGGUCUUUACGUACUGAGUCCCGCGUUCGGCAGGUAACUCUUUUCCACAAUCAGGUCGUAUCAAAAAACAGGAAGAAAAACCAGCUGUUUACAUGCAGGAAUCAGGUAUUUUGCCUUGAACACAUUCAAAGGCAGACACUCCCGAUCACCCCAUCCCCCGCUGCACACACCCACUUCUCCCAGCGCUAGUACAGUCGCCCUGCUCCGGUCCAGAGCCACGGGGGCUGCAGCUCGGUGGCUGGGCUGGGCCAUCACCUUUCAUUCCCGAAGCCUGGGGGAGGACGGGGCUUGACACGGCCUUU